UGCGAAGUGAAUGUUUAGAAUCAUCGUCUUGUGACAGAAGCCUAAAUGCGGUCGCAAGAAAUCGAUCUUAAAAAGUGUCUGGAAACUAUGGUUCUGCAUUUGUAGGAAGCAUGCCGUACAAAGAAAAGGACAUGGAAGAGCUUGCAAACAUAACAGUAGUAGAUGUUUAUGAUACAGCGGCGGCAAUCGGAAAAGAAUUUGAGGCUUUGAUUGACAAUUAUGGAACCGAAGCAGUGACAGAUUUGAUGCCAAAAGUAAUUCGAGUUUUAGAACAGCUCGAAGCACUUGCCAAUAAGAAUGAAAAGGAAAAUAAUGAACUUGCCGACCUAAGGUCGGCGUUGCAGAGGAUGGAGGCAGAAAAAAUGGAGCGUGCAGCCGAGAGGGCAAAGUACGAACAGGAAUUGGAACAAAUUGAAGAUACUUGGAAGAAUGAUGCCAAAGAUCUCUUGCAAACAGUAGCUAAACUCCAGGAAGAGAACAGACGGCUGCAUACCAUGUUAGAGGAAAAGAAAGUGGAGAAGAAGGAAGAAAGAAAAGAGGCUGAAAGAAAAACAGAAGAGGAAGAAAUCCGUAUUAUGACCAAGUUAAAGGAGACAGUUGAUAAGCAAAGAGAUCAACUCAGGGCUUUAGAUAGAGUGAACAAACAGAAGACUGUGGAUAUUGAAGCACUUCAAGCACAACUGGAAAGAAUGGCUAAAGUGAAUACAGACCUACGGAGAAAGACCAACCACACAACAAAGCAAGCUAAACACCUUAUAGAGGAGAAAUCCGACCUUCAAGUACAAUUGCAGGACAAAGAACAACAGAUUCAUAAGAUACAAGAAAUGCUAAAACAACAAGAAGUAGAGCAUCAUGCUGCACCCCCUCCACAAACCCCUGAUGAUGAUGAGGUUGAAAGCUUGGAACAGAAGUUACAGAUGAUUGGUAAGAUGGUGAUUGACCUGAAGGACCCCAAUCGUCCUCGCUUUACACUGUCUGAGCUCAGAGAAGUGCUAUUGGAGAGAAAUGAGCUGAAAACAAGGCUCAUUGAAGUGGAAGAGGAGUUGGGCCACUACAAACCAAAAGAGGAAGACGAUGCUGAUGGUGAUGAAAGUCCCCCUCCAGUACAAGGACCAAUUAAUAAAGAGCCCUUUGAAAAGCUUUAUCCUGAUUAUAAGGAAUCUGGUAUUAGAAAAUUCUUCAAGUUCCUGUUUGGUAGUGAACCGAAGGACAAAAAAAGAAGCAAAUCCAAACUACAAACUCAACGGUCACCUCGGUCUUCUAAACAAACGUCCAGAGAGCAGUCUCCACACACUUCACGAUCAUCAUCUCCCAAGGGGGCAGAAAUGAGAAGCCCAGUGGAAAUAGAUAUUCAAAGCCAGUUCCCUUUAUUGUAGUGAUUGACUGUUGUGGCUUUUUAUUCUGGGUCACUGUGUGGGACAUUGAUUGUGCCUUGUUAUGGCAUGCCUAUUUGGGUAGUAAUGAAUCCAGAUUAUUUAAAUAUUUUAAAAAAGUGAAUUGCUCAGACUUAUGGCUAGGCUACUUGUAAUCUGACUGCAUAAAUGUGACUAUUUUAAAGUGGAAUUUGAAUUAUCAACAUUGCUAGGCUAUGCAUAUCACAAAAUCAGCAGAUUUCUUGAUACUAUCCAGAAUGUUUAAACAGUAAACACAUUUCUUAAACUAAAAUCUUUUUGAAAAGCUGACUUGAAUUUCUCUUGACAUGCUAAAAAGAAUAAUAGGCUGUGAAAUUAGUGUAUCAAGGUCAGCAAAUCAAAAUAUAAUAUCAGAAAAGUCUCAUUAUGGGCAGGGGGGACAAAUGAAGCACUGUGACCCCUCUUUUGUCAAAGGUCAUUGGUUUGAUCCCAAAUUUUAAACAAGGACAUCACAUUGUUGCAGAGAAUAAGAGUACUGUCUGUAAAUUGAAGAAUUUGAAUGACCAUUUUGAAGGUUCUCCAGGAAUUUUAUAUGGUGUUCUGUACACAGGUUAUGUGUAUAUAUACGAAUAAGAUGAGAUGUUUAGAAUUUUGUUCUGUUCCAGAAAAAAAUCUGGAGGGAGUUAUGAAUUUUUUUAAAUCACCACUGUGCAUUUUUAACAAAUUUGAUGGUUUGA